AUGAGAAACCAAGACUGGGAGCGAGCAAAUCCUGAUUCGGAAUCCAACUCGAACCGUAAUUCUAAUUUCAAAACCGCAUCAACCGACCAAAGUCUUCUUUCUAUUCUUGACGACAUCAAAUCUUCCAAGUCUCCGGCAGUUAUUAACUAUGGAGCUUCGUGGUGUGGAGUGUGUAGCCAGAUUUUUCCUGCUUUCCAAGAGCUUAGCAACAGUUUUAAAGGGAUGAAUUUUGUUUACGCGGAUAUCGACGAAUGCCCUGAAACCACUCGUCACAUCCGUUACACUCCAACGUUUCAGUUUUACAGAAACGGCGAAAAAGUCGACGAGAUGUUUGGAACUGGUGAGGAGAGGCUCCGUGAUCGUCUCUGGCUUCACUCCUGA